AUGUUCAAAUUCGUUGUUGUCUUUGCUGCCUGCUUGGCUGUUGCUGCUGCCGGUGUUGUUCAUCCCACUGCUUUUGCUGCUGCUCCAGUAGCUUUUGCUAAUGCUCCUUUGUAUGCCGCUGGUGGCAGUCAACAAAUUGAUGUUCGUCAUAAUUACGAUGGCAGUUUGUCUUCAUACACCACCACCCCAUUCGGUUACACUUCUCCCAUCUCUAGCCGUUAUGUAGCUGGUGCUCCUGCUGCAUAUGCUGCUGCCCCAGCUGCUUUUACUGCUCCCGCUGCUUUUGCUGCUGCCCCAGCUGCCUUUGCCGCUCCUGCUGGUUAUGCCGCUCCUGCUGCCUAUGCUGCUCCUGCUAAGUACGUUGCUUCUCCUUAUGCUGCUCCCUAUGCCGCUCAUUAUGCUGCUCCUUAUGGAGCUCAUUAUGCUGCUGGUUUUGCCGCUCCCCAUUAUGCUGCUGCUCCCGCUAAAGUAGUUGUUUAAAUUUGUUUCACUUAGUUUUCCUUUUGUUUGUAAUUGUUAAUAAUGAAUAAAUAUUUAUUGUUCCGUUUUUAAAUAUUAAUUAAACAA